UUGCACUGAAACAACUAGCUAACUUCUCUUCUCUUAUCACUAAGCAAAGAGAGAACCUAAUUCUCCUCUUUUCCUUUCUUUUUCUUCCACUUGACCCACAGAUUCUUCUCUUUUUUCCACCUUUUUUCUUAUUGUUCUCUCACCACCAUCACUCACUUAACAAUUCAAAGCUGCACCUAACUCUCUCCUUUGUUAAAGCUACUUGGUUUUAGUUAAAAUAUCAUUUUCCGUUCAAAUAAUUGCUUAUGUAAAAAUAUUGAGGUCAACGUCGACUUAAGAAGCAGUACGAGAGGAAAAGUAUAGCUACUUGUAAGGUUGGGUUUGGAGCAAAAAGCAAAGCAAAUUAAGCCAAUUAGUACAAGAUUUAGCUACAAAAAGUUCCAAGAAUGAGUGAUCAAGAUCAACAAAAGAUUCAAAAUGAAGGUGGCUAUACUCAAAGACCAUCUCCAUUAUCAUCUUCUAAUGCUCAAAGGAAGUAUUCAUCAUCAUCAUCUAAAAAUCCUGCCAAAACUUUGUGCACUUUUCUACUAAUUUUCCUCAUAUUAGUUGGUCUCACUUUGCUCAUAGGGUGGCUAAUUUAUCGACCCCACAAGCCAAAUUUCACUCUAGUAAAUGCUGCAAUUUACCAAUUAAACAUCACAUCCCUUCCUUAUAUGUCCACUACUAUGCAAUUCACAGUGUUGGUAAGAAAUCCAAACCGGAGAGUUUGCUUGUUUUAUGACCAAUUUUCAGCUCUAGUUUCUUACAAGGGUCAAGCUAUUACACCUCCAGUGAUGCUGCCACCUUUAUUUCAGGAUACAAAAAGCACUGUGCCUUUGUCGCCGGUGAUCGGAGGCGCGUUGGUGCCGGUAUCGGUGGAAGUUGCAAAUGGGUUGGUGGUGGAUGAAACGUAUGGGAUGGUGGCUUUGAGACUGGUGUUUAUGGGGAAAUUGAGAUAUAAAGCUGCAUUUAUAAGGACCAGACACUAUGGAGUUUAUGUCAAGUGUGAUAUGUUGGUAGGGUACAAGAAGGGUUUUGUGGGUCAAGUACCUUUGCUUGGUUCACCAGAGUGUGAAGUUGAUUUAUAAAUUUUCUUUUCCUUUGUGAAUAAAUGACAAAGUGUACCUAAAGAUUAUGAACUUCCAAUUAUAGGAAACUGAAUGAUCAUAAUUGUGUUUUUUCCAUUCCA